UUCAUUAUCUGGAAAGAGAUAGAAUCAAACGGAAGUUAGCAACUAUAAAACUGCUUACUGAUUGGUUCAAAGUAUAUGACCUUGUACUUAUUUCUUAUUGUCUUCUAGUGAUGUACCUAAGCUUUACUGAAAUAUUGAGAUUUGUAUAGUUAAUUUUAACAAACAACCAAGAAAAGCCAACUGAAUUGCUUAACAUUUCGACGUGUUAGUAGUAGAUACAUGUAUGUUCACUCCAAACGAAAUUGGCGCCUGACGAAUUAAGUAAAAAUAAAUGUAAUGCUUGCUUUAAACAUUUUCUUGUUCACAUGAAUACAAAAACUAAUUAGGUCUUCAAGAAAACUAGUAGUAGCGCAUCACUACUAAAAUCAGCUGUGGGUUGUCAAAACACAGUAGUGCCAACGUGGCAGCACAAUAAUUUGACAUCUGCAGAUAAGUUCACACUGACCAUGCGCCGCACAACAUGAAACACUGCAGCGCAGUAUCGACAAACGUUCACAUUACAAUUGGACGUAAUAUCAAGUGUCACUUCACUGCUAUAUUUUAGUAACUAGACUGUUUGGCUUCGAUUCUCUAGUUUUAUUAGUAAAAGUGUUAUGUGUAUUCGAUGAUUUAAUAAUUAUGUACAGUGUUGCAACCAUUAACGCAUUCUGAAGGAAUUACGUAAUGGGAAUUAAUAUGCUAGAGAAGUUAAUAGUUUUGCCCUGAAAUUCAACAUGGCCGCUGACACGGGGAUGGAUACUUGUCCAAGUCCGGAGAUUUCGGACUCUAGAAAACGACCACUGGACGGCGAUUCAGAGAAUGGUGACAUCAAAAGGUCUCACUUCAGUUCGGUUCAAGACUUGGUGACGGCAUUGCCCCUGGCUAAUGGCCACGGCAAUAUUACGUCUCAUUUUGCCGUGGAGCCUACAUACCACUUCAAAGUGCUGGUGCCGUCCAUGGUGGCGGGGGCCAUCAUCGGCAAAGGAGGCGAGACGAUCGCCCAGCUGCAGAAAGACACCGGCGCCAGGGUCAAAAUGUCCAAAUCACAUGACUUUUAUCCAGGUACAACGGAGCGAGCUUGCUUAAUCACCGGCUCGGUUGAGGGCAUUAUGGUCGUGCUGGACUUCAUCAUGGACAAGAUAAAAGAAAAGCCCGAGCUGGUGAAACCAUUCCCCGAUGGCGUUGACGCCAAGAUGCCUCAAGACAGAGACAAGCAGGUGAAGAUUUUAGUGCCGAACUCGACGGCGGGUAUGAUAAUCGGCAAAGGGGGCAACUACAUAAAGCAGAUAAAGGAGCAGAGCGGCAGCUACGUGCAGAUCUCGCAAAAAGCCAAAGAACUGUCGCUGCAAGAGAGGUGCAUAACGGUCGUUGGUGAAAAAGACAACAACAAGAAGGCCUGCCUGAUGAUCCUCCAGAAGGUGGUGGACGACCCUCAGUCCGGAUCCUGUCCCAACGUGUCGUACGCCGAUGUGGCGGGGCCCGUGGCCAACUACAACCCCACGGGCUCUCCGUACGCCGUCGCCACCGCUGAGGUGACAGAGGGUCACGGCUUGAGCGGGACCGUCGGCGGAGUCGGUGGCGCGGUCGGCGGCGUGGGCGGAGUGGGCGGCGUGCUGGUGAACGGCAGCGGCCUCGGCGGGGUCUCGCUACAGCUGUCUCUGGCGCCGCCGGGGACUCAGCCGCCCAGCCCGCUGACGCAGCACACUCUGGACCACAUCAAGGUGGCGCUGCGCCAGGCCGGCUACUCGGAGGCGGGCAUCUCGGAGAUCGGUGCGGCGCUGUCCCUGCUGGUGAAGCACGGCGUGCUGGGGCUGGCGCUGCCCCCGGCGCUGCCGCACCCCCCGGCUCUCUCGGCCGCAUACUUCCCGCUCUCGGCCCAGGACUCGCCCGCCGUCUUCGGCCCGCUGUCGCAGGUCUCGCUCGCGGUGGCGCCCAUUUCGCUGUCGGGCGGCGGGGUGGGCGUGGGUGGCGUGCCGGGCGGCUUCCCGGGCUCGCUGCUGCCGCUCUCCAAGAGCCCCACGCCGGCCGACGCGGGCGCCAAGGACUCCAAGAACGUGGAGAUCGCCGAGGUCAUCGUCGGCGCCAUCCUGGGUCCGGGCGGUCGCAGCCUGGUGGAGAUCCAGCAGAUGUCCGGGGCGAACAUCCAGAUCAGCAAGAAGGGCACUUUCGCCCCGGGCACCAGGAACCGGAUCGUCACCAUCAGCGGCUCCCAGACCGCAAUUUCGUCGGCGCAGUUCCUCAUCGAGCAGAAGAUCCAAGAAGAGGAACUCAAGCGCACGCGCCAUAACGCCAUCUCCACGCUCAUGCAGUGAACGCCCCGAAACGCACACGAUUACGACCCCGCGUCGCGUCGUCGCCGUCGGGCGAUCGCUUUAGAAUUGCGGUCGUCGACCUAUUCACACCUUACGCACUUCUUUAUGGCGUAUAGUUGCGUAAUUUGUUGUCGUCAUUCGUGAAAUGUUGUAUAUAUAAUUAUUAUUUAUGAGUUCUUCAAACUGUUAUUCGGAUUUAUAAUAAUGAGAUGUGAAUGAUCGGACGACACGUGAAGAUUUUUUAUAUUAUUUUUGUUCAGUCAACAGUUUUCCGUUUUCACUCGGAGCCCUAUCGCGGCGCGCGGAAGGGGGUCGUGUCGCGUGAGGCGUCCGUUCUAGUCAAGCGUCGCAGUUACCUGCCUCUAGUGAACUUUAGACUUUCCGACAUUCGCGCAGCUUCCGACGCGAGCCGAGCCGGAGCCGACUCCACCUCGGCUCGCGUCGGCCAUUUAUUUACACAUAGAUAUAGCAGAGUUAUGUAUACUGAUUUGCGAUUUGUGUAUCCGUUAGUGUUGGAGUUGCUAUGCUUUAGUCGGGCCGCAAAGCGGUCGCGCUGACUUUGUGAUAUCUGGCACCGAUAGUCCCGUUCCGAGCACAUUUAUUUUUGUAUCGUUUCGGUUUUCAUUAUAAAUGUUACCAUUGAUGAGUCGUAUUUCGUGAGCGUAUUCGAUGAUAUUUAACCAAAGUUGGUAAUUUUAAUUUCUCGACAUAAUUAACUUUAUAUUAUGUACGAUGCGAACGUGCAAUGCAAUAAUUGUCGAUUAUAAUUUUAUUUUUUUACGUUUUUAGUUCGGACGGAGGGCGUCUCGCGUCGGGUUCGAAGAAGUUUAUUUUUAUAUUAUUAUUAUCGAGCGGGUAAAGCGGUAAGCGCUGCGGCGAGCGUUCGGCGUAGUCGGUCUAAAUGUGUAAGCGAGUAUAAUGUACCAGAUUCGAGUCCAGUUAUAGUAGUGGAUUAUAUUUAAAGGUUUUAAUGCAGAUUUCUAUAUUCGAGAGGACAAUAUUAAAAUAUUAUUUACAGUUGACGAAAUGUUAUUUUGGGCGUUGGCCGGGAGCUCUCGUAGUUAAACAAUAAUGAACUGUGAUUGCGUCGACGACUCUGUCGAGGUAGUCGUGCGUCGGUUAGUUUAAGUUGUCGUUACCUCACGAGUGCCAUCGCUAGCUAAACGUCGCCCGCGCCGUUGAGAUGGUAAAUAAGUACAAAAUAUUUGGAAGCGUAAGCGUUUAUAUAGGAAUCGGCGGAUGUUAUUCUACUGUAGUUUGUAAGGAAAGGAAUUGAGAGAUGUCUCCGAUUAAUUGGAAUAAUUAUAAUGAUCGAUUUGUCGUAAGCAACUGUCCAACGACGUCGAUUACUAAUGUCGUUAUAAGCGUGUUAUGUAGGUCCGAGCGUCCCAGGCCGGCUAUCUGGGGCCCUCUAGCGUUCUCUAGCUCUAGGCUAAUCUUAGGCUACACUCUUCGAACUAAUCUCGUCUUUCGAUUUUUCUCAUCUUAAUCUUUAAACUGAAUGAGGGUAGUCGUGAAAACCUCGUUGUCAAUUAUGAUGAGCCGGCGCGGUCCUCGAGCUGUACCGGCUCGCGUUUGCCUCGAGUCGAUUCUACGAGCUCAAUUUACUUCGUUUAGUAUUACAUACUUGUAAGAUGACGUCAAUUAUUCGAAAACGUGACGGCACAAUUGGGUUGGGAUGGGCGAAACGGCCACGACUAUUAUUGUUUUACGAUGCAGCGUUGAAGGAAUAUCACCUAAUGAGUUUCGUAUCGGACGUCGCCGAGUCGUGUGAUCUUCUCUUCUCUUCUAAUUCGACGUCGGCGCUUCCGACGGGAGUGGCUCCGGUCGUUACGUUCGUAGGCUCGUGCCGUCGUCCUUUGUGAAUUAUCUCAAUGAAUCAUUAGUUAGUUCGUCAUUGUGAUCGUUGUACGUCUCGAUCGUUUGCGUAGUUAGGCAGCCGAAACAAUAUGGAAUGUAUAAAUAAUUUUAACACAAAUGUUGUUGUUAUAAUAAAAUUGUUACAAUAUUUGAGAGUAUAUAGAAUAAUCGAUUCUCAGUGCCGUAUCUGAAUUUUAUCGUGUGGAGAAUAUAAGAUUUAGGGAAAUAGACUUCCAAGGGUUAUACUAUUUCUGUGAUACUGAUUGUCUCGCACGCUUGUAGCUCCGCACUCCCGUGUCCCGCACCUCGGGCUCUCCGAAACUCCCCCGUCGGUCCGCACCGCACUGUUACGCCUAGGUUAUUCGAUGUUGUAGGCUUAAGGUAGCUAGUUGUCAUUUCCAUAAUAAAUUGACGAGGUCCGCGACCCGCGUUUUCAUCCCCCUUUUAAUUUUAAUAGCUAAAUGUUGUUAAAUUUGUUGAUAGAGUGGUUUAUCGUAAUUAAUAUUAAAGUAGUGAUAGUCGGGAUUAGGAAGGCAGCCGUCGGGUGCGCUAAGCUAGUGAGCUGUAAGGUUCGAUACUGUGUAUAGGAAUUUGGCUGUGUACUCAACGUUACGACGUCAUUACAGCAACACCGCUUGCCGAGGUCGCGAUUCGCACGCGCGCCCGCGAAGCGUCGCGGCUUUUCUGUAUAUAAUUGCAUUACAUUUUCAUUUGCGUCUCCUUGCUCAUUGUCAUCAAUUUAUUAAAGACUGAGGAAUCAACUCGCGUCAUCGUCACGAACGCGUCCCCGACCGUAGGGAGCCGUCGCGUCUGCCGUCCUCGGCGACACUACCGCCGCUACGAUAAUAAUUAAUUGAAUAUUGUUAAAUGGACUCUAAAAUAAUUUAUUGUAUGACAUGUUGGACUGUUUUACUAAUUCUAAUGAAAUGUACCUGACCUCGUGCGGUAGUCUUCCCUGCGACGGUAGACUAAUUGUAAUAUAUUAUUUGUCAUUAAAACUAAAUCGAUUCAUGCGGCCACGUCCGCAAUCCUCCGUCGCGUGCGAAUCGCGAGGUACACUCACGAGUGUACGUUAGAUGCGAGUCGCUGCCUUUGCGCAUCUUUCACGUCAAUAAUAAUUGAAUAAUGCUGACGAAGGACCUCUUUCAAGACGCGUAUCGGUUCCAAUAUUCAAGUAAUGCUAACUUUUGCCGAAACACCUCAAUGACGAAAUAAAUGCCUCCCCGUAGUCACUAGGUUCCGAUUUGGCGAAGGCAGCGGUUAAGCGUAUUAAGUAUCGAGCGCCGUUCAGUCGUUGUCUCAUCAACCUUUACACAUGUUGAGAUUGAUAUGUUAAACUAAUUCUAUUGAAUUGUACUUGUUGCGUAUUAUAAGUAUGUAUAACGGGGCGGCCGAACCCGCGUCCGCCGCCUCGACGUGUAUAUUAUUAUAUGUUGAUAUCUAUUGUUUGCUGUAAACUUUUAAAGAAGGGAAUUUUAUAUAUUUUUUGUUAACUUGGUUUAGAAACGGGUCUGCAAAUGUUACGAGAUAGUUAAGUUUAGAAUGCAAUGUUUUGAAUUUUAAAUUCGCUAUAAUUUAGUCAAAGUUACAUAAUUUAGUUUUAUCGCAAUGAUUUACUGUUGUUUUGCAAUGUUGAUAAAGGUCAAUGAAGGUAACAAUGUCUUAGUGUUAAAGCUGGAAACCAAUUAAAAGGGUACCUUGAACAUUGUCUAUAAUUAUUAUAUUAACAUUAAAUAAAUGCAAAAGAUAAAA